GGAGCCUAUGGCGUGGCAGCCGCCCGCCCGUCCCCGCCGGCAGCAGGUUCCCUCUGCCAGCGCUGCGGAGCUGUCAAAGCAGCAGGGGUGGCGCCGGGAGCGGGAGCGCCGCACAGCUCCAGGUCCCGGCUCCAGCUCCCUGCAGGGGUCCCCAAGCCCUGGCGGCAGUCAUGAAUGGCGAGGAGCAGUACUACGCGGCCACGCAGCUCUACAAGGACCCCUGCGCCUUCCAGCGGGGCCCGGCGCCAGAGUUCAGCGCCAGCCCCCCUGCGUGCCUGUACAUGGGCCGCCAGCCCCCGCCGCCGCCGCCGCCGCCUCCGUUCGCCGGCGCCCUGGGCGCGCUGGAGCAGGGCGGCCCCCCGGACAUCUCCCCGUACGAGGUGCCCCCGCUCGCCGACGACCCGGCGGUGGCGCACCUCCACCACCACCUCCCGGCUCAGCUCGCACUCCCGCACCCGCCCGCCGGGCCCUUCCCGGAUGGAGCCGAGCCAGGAGCCCUGGAGGAGCCCGGCCGCGUCCAGCCGCCUUUCCCGUGGAUGAAGUCUACCAAGGCUCACGCGUGGAAAGGCCAGUGGGCAGGCGGUGCCUACGCAGCAGAGCCCGAGGAGAACAAGCGGACGCGCACCGCCUACACUCGCGCGCAGCUGCUGGAGCUGGAGAAGGAGUUCCUCUUCAACAAAUACAUCUCUAGGCCGCGCCGGGUGGAGCUGGCCGUCAUGCUGAACUUGACAGAGAGACACAUCAAGAUCUGGUUCCAAAACCGCCGCAUGAAGUGGAAAAAGGAGGAGGACAAGAAGCGCAGCUGCGGGACCGUGGCCGCGGGCGGUGGGGACGCGGAGCCCGAGCAGGACUGCGCGGUGACCUCGGGAGAGGAGCUGCUGGCGCUGCCGCCCCCGCCGCCCCCCGGGGGUGCUGCGCCGCCGGCUGUCCCCGCCGCCGCCCGAGAGGGCCGCCUGCCGCCCGGCCUUAGCGCGUCGCCGCAGCCUUCCAGUGUCGCGCCCCUGCGACCGCAAGAAUCUCGGUGAGAGAUGGGGCUUCUCCCUGCCGAGUGGCUUGGGACCACUCGCAAAGGAGGGAGGGGCGGACCUAGGACCCCGGGUGUGACCACCGGUCCAGGCAGUUCGAUGCGGCAGGAGCUGAGCGGCCCACCCCAGACUGGAGGGGAGAACCCGCGCAUGAGGCGCCUGUGCCAACUGGGCGCGGUGGGGACACGCAGGCCGGCCUUCUGGAAGGAGAGACGUUUUCUGUAGUACCGGGGCUGCUUCUGCUGAUAUAUUGUUGGACGGGCGGCGUCCGCCGCUGUCCUGAAGGUCCCAGCGCUCCAGAACCGUGGGCCUCUUUAGAGAGGCCAAAUCUUCAAGACAGGAAAACCAUACAAAUUGGAACACCCCCCCAGCACAGCGGGCAAGCUGGACGCAGCGCCUUAAUCUGCGUAGAGCAGAGCCAUUCUUACUGCCGCCUACGCCUUAAGGUUUAGAAAUAAGAAUUGAGAGGCGACCUCUGAGGCUUCAGUGACCUAGUGAAAUUGAUGCUAGUGGAAUAGAAUAAUUCCCGGUCCUUUUCUUUUUUAAUCCUUUUAGCAGAGCCAUUUACUGCAACAUGCAACGGUCUUGCAAGGGUGGCUGGGCAGCCGCAGGGCCGAAGUGCAGGAGCGGUGCCAAAGUGCCUGUACUCCCCAUGUUGGGACCCCCCCCCCGCCCCCCCCCCUGCCGGCCAGGGGAGGUGGGCCUGGAGGGAAAGAAGGAUGGCCCCUUGAGCGAUCACUAAACUGGACAUAAUCUGGAGCUUUCUAUUCAGAAUGUGGAUUCAGUUCCUGGUCUCAGGGCAGCGACAACUCAGUGUGGGAGCCAAGCUGGGCAUCCUUGGAAACUCAUCACAGAGCCAGUACGAUUUCCACAUCCUUAGAAAUGAAGAUGUAUGUGCUGGGGGAGUUUAGGGGGAAAGUGGUUGCCUUCAUUUAAAGUUUUAAAAUUACCUAACAGGUCUUUACAAACAGAUCUGUGGUUUCCAGAUUGCUUGUUUCAGGGUCUGGGAUUUGCGUUCAGGUGAUAUUUGUGGAAAAUGCUUAAUAAA